AUGUCGAACAUCAUCAAGGGGGACAGAGUGUUUGUGUCUGCCACACAAUCCAACGCCGACACUUCAACGCUGGGCGUUCCGCCAUUGAUCUCAAUCUCGCUUCCGAGAAUCCCGACGCCAUCGGAGCCAUUUACGCGAGAUGGUUGGGACGACAGUGAGGAUCUGGAUCUUGUUGAGAAUCCCUUCACGCAACAACGAACUACGCAGCCACCAAUGCAGAACAACCCUUCGUACCGAGCACCAUCUUUGUUGCCUGCGGCGCAAAUCUCAUACACGAACACUCCUGCUAAGACCCAGUCUACUCAAGCAGACCAAGUACCUCGCUUCAAAACAGUACACUCGAGAAGUGCGGAAUCUGUGGAACGCAGUGCGAAGAGACUGAGGAAACUAACAGAGCCAGGAGGCCCUUACGGUCGAUCGAAGGAGACUGGUCCAUAUUUUUUCAGCACUCCUAUUAGACCGAGCGGAAACCCGUCGGCAAAGAAACCAAAGAGUGUUCCAGCAGCAACCACAGAGGAACCAUUCAACAAUGAUGGCACCGCACUAUUCGCGUCUGCAAAGCGUGCAGACCGUGGCAAUCUAGGUCCUUUGCAGACCCUGCGGAGAAGGAACAGCCCGCCAUCCCCUUUUCCAGACAGCUCCGUCCAUAGAGCAUUCGGCGAGUCAGGAAACCAAGGCCUCGCACUAUCACACCCGGUUUCGAAUUUGCCUGGCUAUCCCGCCGAUACAUUCCAAAUCACUAACAAUUCACCGCAGCAGAGUCCCACUCCAAGCCCUCGAAAACAAGCGUUACGAAGACGUCGUGGUACUGGGAACCUUUAUGCUCGGAGUUCAGGAGAACAAGCUUCGGAGAACGAGCAGCACCGCCAGAGAGUUGAACGCCAGUUUAGAAACAAAGUGAACCAGAAUCUGAGUCCUUCUUCUUAUGGCGCGCACAGCCAUAUACCAAGGGAAGUGGCCGAAACACCUCAUCUUGAUGGACCACGUCGGAACACGAACGAAACCAUGCAGACUUCCGACAAAGGAUCUCCGCAUAGUAUACCCCAUCUUGCUGACGAACCUGUUAACGGUGCAGACCAACAAGAAGAUAAUCUUGGUGAGAACGAUGAUUUUGGAGACGAAGACGACAGAGAGGCUCGGGUUUUUAACCCCGAAACAAAACUAUUCGAAUGA